UGAACAAUUCCGUGAAAUAACUCGCUCCUCCGGACGAAAGGAUUUCAAGUGAUAACCUUGGUGUAGCUGCUCCUCCUGUGGAGUGAAGAUGUAUCGAAGCGUGUGUGUACUGGCGGCACUGCUGGCUCUGCUGGUGCUGACACUUGAGGUGCCCAGAGGCCAGGCCUGUCCCAGAAGCUGUAACUGCUACCAGGCCAGCGAAGUCCAUUGUACCUUCCGCUCCCUGAUUACCAUACCUCCUGGCCUCCCUGCACACACACGCCGCAUAAACUUAGGGUUCAACAGCAUCAGCAGGAUCCAUGACAGUUCACUGGCCGGGCUAAAGAGGGUAGAGCUUCUGAUGCUCCACAGCAAUGAUCUCCACCAUCUUCCAGAUGCAGUGUUUCGAGACAUGAAAUCACUGCAGAUACUAAAACUGAGCUAUAACAAGCUGAGAGAGAUCCCUUCAUCUCAGACCUUCUCUGGCCUGACCUCACUGCUGCGUCUGUACUUGGAUCACAACCUCCUCCAGCACAUCCACCCCCGGGCCCUGCUCCAGCUGCCUAGCCUCAGGCUGUUACGUCUGCAAGGGAACAGGCUGCAUCAGCUACAUCCCCACACUUUUUGCACACUGUCCCUCCUGAAUACGUAUUACUUCUCUACACUCAGACACCUAGACCUGUCCAACAACAGUCUAACCACUCUGUCCAGAGCGACCUUACAAACUGCACCCCUGCUGGAGUCUCUUGUGCUGCAGGCUAAUCUGUGGAGUUGUGACUGUAGGAUGAACUGGUUUCUCCCUUGGAGUCUGGCUCACCCAGGCUUAAUGAAAUGCCCCAGUAGUCCUCAGUGUCCAAUGUGUGCCUUGCCCAAUUCCCUUCAGGGGCAGGGCUUGCUUGAGCAGACUGAGCUAUCUUGCACCUCUCCAGUCAUCCCCGCCCCAGGAAGAGACACACCUUUGGAGACAGAACUCAGUGAGAUUCAAUCAAGUGAAUCCUUCAGAGAGCCUUUAGGCAUUGCCUCUCUGGGGCUUUCUGACCAACAGGGUUACAGUGUUGAUCUGAGCUGCAACAUCACUCACUCUACAGACUCUCAGGAUAUUGCUCCUCUUCCAGAUCUUUCCCUUUCAUCCCCUUCUCCUCUCCCCCUCGCUAUGUCACUCUCCCUGGAAUGCCCUGUGGAGAGAGAGAGCUAUGAGAAUCUUUGGCGGAUCCUGGCUUACUAUAGUGAGACUGCAGUUCGCCUUGAGAGGGAGAUCAUGCUGAGUAAAGCCCCGGCGCUGGCCUACCGCUACAGGCAGACAGCAGAGACAGAAGGAUAUUAUCACACUGGAGUUAAAGCUUCUGUUAAAGUCAGACCACAAUGGUUACUACAGCCAGCCAUUAGCAUUCAGCUUAACAGAGCACAGUCCAAUGCAAAUAGAGUUCACCUUAUAUACUCAACAAGAGUGUCUGCUCAUCCUGACCCUACUGGUCUUCCUUCAACAUCCUCCCGAGCUUCUCACCCAUGGGUGCUCAUUUCAACUAAUCAUACCACCACAGCACUGGCAGCUGCAGUAGGCGGUCAGGUGGAACUCCCCUGCCCUCUUCUAAGUUCUGGUAAUCCCAAAGUACAGUGGAUUCUCCCAGACGGAUCCCAACUUGUCUCCCCCUCCAGUAGCCAAGAUGGUCGGCUACGAGCCUCGGCCUCUGGGUUACUUAUACAGAAACUGGAGCUAUCAAAUGCUGGGAUCUAUUACUGCAUAGCCCGGGCUGGCAGGGAUGUAGAUGUUCUCUCCCUCCGUUUGGCAGUAGCAGAGUCAUCUGUUCCACCUUCAGGAGAGCAAGUGGGACCUCCUGUCAUGGGAACUGUUGGGGAGCCCAUCAGUCUGUCCUGCAAAGCAUCUGGUUCACCAGCACCAUACAUGAGUUGGGUGUUACCAGAUGGAAAUAUAGUACGGCAGGGAUUAGCUGUAUCAGGUGGACUCACUAUACAAUCGAAUGGGAGUCUUUCUCUGCUUAAGCCUUCUUUGAAAGACACUGGUCAUUACCGCUGCAUCGCGGUCAACCAGUAUGGUAGUGACUCUCUGUCCAUGCAGCUGGAAAUAAACCCACGACAUCCCCCGCCACUUAGAACAUCAUUUCCUAGAGGGCCACAGUCAGUGGCUGGCCGGUCAACCAAGAUACGAGCCCCUUUACUACGUCAAGUGGAGGAAGGAUCGGGAAAUGAAGAGGUGGAAGAAGAGAGGACUCUUGUUAUCAACAGGAAGCGUCCAAGCCCUCUCCAGCCACCCCCAAAAAGACGUUAUCCAAUCGGGAAACCUAGAAGACGAGGGCCUGUGAGAGACGGCUCCCUGAGAAGAGGAGGAGGGCCUGUAUCCUCCAUUGAACAGAGAAGAAACCACUAUGACAGCAGACAUAGAAUCACCGCAAACAAACAAAGAAUAGACCCUGCGAAAUGGGCUGACAUAUUGGCUAAGAUCCGCCAAAAGACUGUUCCCACUAAUAACAGCCAGCCUAUCACAGCAGAAAAGACCACAGCUGAACCGGUGGGUGGAGGCAAAGAAAGAUACACAGGAAGACAUGAGGAAGGUCAUAAUACAGACAGAGAUAGAGCAGAGGGAGCAGGGAUGGAAGCAGAAACCGAGGGGUCGUCUGUUGAUGAUGCUGCUCUACAAGAAGAAGGCUUACGGCCCAUUUAUCCUGUUCACACAGAAACACAGACACACAGAGAGACAAAAACAGACACUGAGACAGAUACAGAGAUAGAGAGAGGGAUUGAGAGGUCAACAAAAACACAGAAAGAUCUAGAAAAUGAGACAGAGACACACAUACAGGCAGAGAAAGGUCCACAGACAGAGACAGUGACAAACUCAGGGACACAGAAAGAUCCUGUCACCUCUAAGCUGUUGACUAGAACCAAUGAAAUUGUCUCAGAACCAGUUGAAGGAGAGGAGCGAGAAACAAACCCCAUCCCAUCUAGAUCCAGGCCUCAGAACCCCCGGCAGGGACACUUCCCUAAUUUGGUACCAAACUUGCGGCCUCAAGGCCCUCUCUCUCGCAGGAGGAUCGGACAGCGAAGACGAAUCAUCAACAGGCCCAGGGGUCGACCUAUCACCCCACCCCGACCUAUCCCUGACCCUACAAACCCGAGGUCAAUAACUGUGACACCUGACACCACCACAGAUCAAAUGAAUGUGUUGUUGCUGGCCUCAACAACCACAUCUCCGGCUACUUUAUUGACACAGAGUGACCAUAUUAAGACUCUUGUUUCUACUCCAAAUGGCGUGGUACUGAACUUUCUGUCUCCCACUGUUCCUAACACUCCUGGUAUCUCCACAUCAGAAUCUGCCUCCCCCUCACUGACUCCCUCCUCUCCUGUCUCAUUAUCCCACUCUCACACAAAGACACACACAGACAUGAUGACUCACUCAGUCAACGGACCAGACACUGCAGUGUUCACUCUCUUUAACACUAGAAUACCGGUAUCCACUUACUCUAAUAUUGUGACGACACAGACGCACAUGCCAGUGACGCACGCCAAGACACGUACACACGGCAUACACCCACAUACAGCCACAGGAAAAGAUGUUGAUAGACCCCCAAGUGAAGACAGUGCAGAGCUGGAAAGGAAUUCGUUGGAUGUACCACAUGCAUCUCAAUCCUCCACCACUCUCUCAUCCACUCGCUCCUCUGUUGUUUCCUCAACAACAACCACUUCAACCACUCUCAAGAGAACUCGUCUGACUACUUCUAUUGGAAGCACUACAAGUAUAUCUACUACUGGAGCGAGUGAUACACUUCUCACAACAACUACAAAUACUCCUAUGACUACAAAUCCCAUCACGUCAACUCCAACUACUAAGAUUAUUCCAAUGUAUAGCACCGCCUCUACUACUACUACUACUACUACUACUACUACUACUACUACAAGUCCUGCUCUUACAUCUACUGCUCCCACUACCACUAUUACUUCUUCAACUAGCCCCUCUACCACUACAGCUACCCCUCCUACUAGUACUUUUACCACAACCACUACUGCUAGUAGUACUACAAUCUCAUCCAAAGCUAUUCCCACAACUCUUAAACCCACUACUUCUAUUACUUCUACAACUAUUAAAACUACUACUCCUACUCCUAGUACUAGUACCAUCUCUGCCAAAACUCCUCCAACUACUGCUUUGGCAGCUAAACCUUAUACACACUCUGCUACUACUAUAACAAUGACAACAAGUACCACAGCAUCAUCUAGAGAGAGGCCAAAUGUUGGCCAAGUUGACUCCAGAGGGAGGCCUGUUUCUGGCACUCCAAACCAGAGCCGAUCCCCUACUGAUUGGAAGAACCCUGCAGCUAAUUCUAUUCCAGAUUCACACAGCAGCAGGCCACACUGGCCACCCUCUCCUUCACUCCCUGCUGUCCCCAGGGCCCCAGUUGUGAGAUCUAGACCAAGGAUUUCAGACCCACACAUCAGGACAGUGUCAGUCGCAGCAGAGAGCACUGCCAGGCUGGCUUGUGAAGCUCAGGGAGAGCCGAAACCCACCAUCACAUGGACCAAGGUUGCUACAGGGGCGGUGAUGUCAAUCCACUCCAGGGCUCAACGUUUUGAGGUUCUGCCAAAUGGCACCCUUGUUAUCCAGAAUGUUCAGCUGCAGGACAGGGGCACAUAUAUCUGCAGUGCACACAGCUUUCUGGGUCGCGACAGGUUGCUAACCACCCUGGAAGUGUGGACACGCCCCCCACGGAUGCAGCUGGCCAGCUACAGAGAAACCACCAUUCAUCAAGGUGGAGCGGUGCACUUGGAAUGCCAGGCGGACGGUGUACCAACCCCUUUGCUCUCUUGGGUCCUGCCGGAUCGUUCUGUUCUGACUUCCACUGACUCCUCCAGCAGUCGAAUCAUUAUGGACACAAAUGGAACCCUUCAUAUCUCAGUAACUUUACCUAGUGACCGGGGAGUGUAUCGCUGUGUGGCCUCCAACUCAGCAGGUGCUGCCAGUGCAUCUGUCCGUGUACAUGUGUCCUCGUUGCCCCCGGUGAUACAGCAACCCAGAGAGGAACACCUGCUCUUGUCUCCAGGGAUGCCUGUUUAUGCUCAUUGCUCUGCCCGAGGUGCCCCGCCACCAACUCUGCGCUGGCGUAUCCCAGAUGGGACUCUAGUUCGCCCAUCCCAGUUUCUCCAUGGCAACCUUUUUGUCUUGCCCAAUGGGACACUGCACAUUCGAAAAGCUGGACCAAGGGACUCAGGGAAUUAUCAGUGCACAGCAAGUAAUGCUGUUGGAGCUGAUAAGAGGACUGUGAAGGUAGAAGUUAAAGGGGGAGCAGAAGGAGAAAGAAGACUGGGAGGAGCAAGAAAUGAAGGAGCAAAAGCAGUUGCUACUGAAAAACCAUCUUCACUUCUUAGAGACAAAACUUCAUCCAAUGCCAGCCACUCCUCAAAGCCAUUCAACUCCGUUAGUCUCUCCCCUCUAACGCCCCCUGAUAGAUCCAGGACCUUGCUGGCCACCCCCAGCUCUUCUCACCCUCACCAACGCAGUUCCACUAACUCACAUCCUAAAAUCAAUAAAACUUUCACUGCCUCCCCCACACACUUUACCAACUUCAACACAACAAAACUCUCCUCUCUCUCCCAACCCUCCACAGUGCCUGCAAAUAACACCAAAGUCUUACCCAGCAUUGUAAACAACACAAGAGUUACUUCUUCUCCCCCCUCUGACAAAAGCAGAGCUUCAGCUGUUUUGCACUCCUUGCCUGUCUCUCCUUUCAGCAAAGCCCGUAUUGUCUCCACCUCACCCUCCGUCACUACUGUUCACUAUGGGGGUAAUUUGCAGCUCCACUGCUCUGUAACUGGUAACCCAACCCCCAUUAUCAUUUGGAGGACCCCCAGCAGGAAACUGGUGGACAUGCACUUCAGUUUUGACCGACGUCUGAAGGUGUAUCCUAAUGGCACCCUGUCAGUCCAGGCAGUAACAGAGAAGGAUGCUGGAGAUUACCUCUGUGUCACACGCAACAAGGUCGCAGAUGAUUAUCGUCUCCUGCGUGUCUCUGUGGCUACCAAGCCUGCCAAGAUCGAGCCCAACCAGCAACUUAAUCAGAUGGUAUCAUUUGGUAAACCACUGAAGGUCGACUGCUUGGCAUCAGGACUGCCUGACCCAGCUGUCCGCUGGAGCCUGCCAGAUGGAACCAUGGUGAACAGUGUGUUGCAAGGGGAAGACAGAGGAGUGCGAGCACGGAGGCUAACUGUGUUUGACAAUGGGACGUUACUGGUUCCAGCAGUGGGUAUGGGAGAGGAAGGGGAGUACACAUGUUAUGCUGAGAAUCAAGGAGGUCAAGACACCAUGAAGGUCAAAGUUAAGGUCAUGAUGACAUCUCCACCAACCUUCACUGAUGGCAGAAGCUAUCGUGUUAUCAAAGUACAGCAGGGAGCAACUGCCAUCAUUCCCUGCCAGGCCACAGGAGAUCCCGCUCCAACAGUGACAUGGUUUUCCCCAGCCCGCCGUGUUAUCCCACGGAGUUCUGGUUCUGGUUUUUAUUUUGAGCGGGUUGUGGUGGUUUCAGAUGGAACUCUGGAGGUGCGUUUGGCUCAAAAGAUUGACACCGGAAACUAUACAUGCCGAGCAACCAACUCAGUCGGGGAGAGACACAUGGUUGUGGGCUUGGAAGUGGAAGUCCCUAAUCAUGGACUCGGUGGCCAGGUGGGAGGAAGAGGUUGGAGUACCAGCAAUGGGCCUGGUAGUGAUCAACGUAGUAGAGGGGACAACAUUAAUAAUGCAGGGAUAAGCCAGUAUGGAUUUACCAAUGGUGUCAUAAGCAAGCUUAGUAACAAUGACAGCAACAACACUGGCUCUAGCGCUAGUAAUGGCAGGAUAAGAAACACCGUACCAAGCAAUGGCAUUAAAAUAGCAACUAAUGGCUUCAAUCCUGCCCUUAGGAGUGAUAGCCAAAAUGAAUUCAACAGGCCUGUAGGUGGAAUUACAACACAAUAUGAUAGUGUAAUCAGUGUUGGGGUGAGCGGGGCAAGGAGUACAGGCAUUAAAGUAGAUAACAUUGGAAUAAAUAGAAACGGACCUGGCAUUAGUGUUGGAAAUAAUCAAGGCACAGUUAGAGGAGAUAGUGUUGAAAGGAAUCCUGGGACUAGUAAUAAUGAAGUCACUGUGAUAAAGGCUAGUAAUGAAGCAAGCACCAGCAGAGACAUUGGCAAGAUAAGUGGUUUUCCUAGGAGUGUUGGUGUUUUUAGUAGCAGUGUGCCUAAUUAUGGAGCUGGUGCAGGCACACUUAAUGGAAAUGGGUUCAGUAGGAGUAGCAAUACAGGAGUGACUGAUGAUAACAGAAGGAAUAGUGGUGGUACAAGUAGUGCAGGUGCAGGUGCUACUUAUAACUCUAGUAACACAGUUGUGGGUGUGGUCACAACAGUGAAGCAGCGAGUGGUGAAAGGCCAAAAUGUUCUUUUGCCAUGCCCCUCCAGGGGAUCCCCUCCCCCCCGCCUGGCCUGGCUUCUGCCUGGUAAUGGCGUGUUGCCAGCUCCUUACUAUGGCAGCCGACUCAUCGUGCACCGAAAUGGCUCCUUGGAGCUGAGGGGUGUGCGGAAGAGUGAUGGCGGAACCUUGGUAUGUGUAGUGAGAGGUGAAAGAGGAGAGACGAGGAUACAGGUGGAGUUGGAGGUCUCUGAUCCACAAGAAGAGGUUCAGUCUCCAACUAGGAGACCAGCUGUGGAAAGACCUGUGCAGAAAAGUCUUGUUUCAUUGGAGACACCUCGCUCAGGAACCUCACUGGCUUCAGCUCAGUCAAGGUCAGUAUUGCCUGAGACGCUUCAUCAAAGAAUCCCAGUUACUCAAAAGCCUUCACAGGGGAGUCCAUCUUUACCUGCUGUGCCUCGUCCAGUUGGCCCACCACCUCGCUCAAGUGGCCCUGUUUCAGAGCCAGCAGUGAGCACCCGAACAGCCUCCCUAGUGAGCAUUAUUAAUGGAGAGACUCUUCGCCUGCCUUGCCCUGCUCCUCAAACCCCUGGAUACAUCCAGGGCUCUCUCUUAUGGACCUUGCCCAGCGGCAAGGUGGUUUCCCAGGGUGAGAGUGGUGACUCAGGCCAAUACGUAGUCCAAGAGGAUGGGACAUUAAUAGUGCAACAGGCAACCGUGUUUGACCGAGGCACCUACACCUGCAGAUCCACCAGUUAUGACUCCUCCUCGGUUUCAGUGGUCACGGUUCCUGUCAUCGUCAUCGCCUACCCCCCACGCAUCACAAAAGGCCCCUCCCCUGUGACCUACACACGCCCUGGAGUUGCUGUGGAGCUGCCCUGCCUUACCAUAGCAACACCGCGGGCGACGGUUACCUGGGAAACACCAGACCUGACACAGCUUAGGGUGAUGGGUCAGGCUCGUAUCUAUGGUAACCGCUAUCUUAGUCCUCAGGGUUCCUUGGUGAUACAGAACCCGACAGUUAGGGAUACAGGAUUUUACAGGUGCACUGCCAAAAAUGUAAUAGGAGUGGACACCAAGGCGACAUACCUGCAUGUUAUAUAAUGAGACAAAAAAACACAAACACACACAGACUUACACACACACACACACAGAUACAAACAUGGAGUAGACAGACAGAGACACCACCAGUCUUGCGGAGUGGUGAAUGAACUCCUCAGCUGUUAACUCAAUGUGUCCCUCAUGCCCAAAGGAACUGCAAAGCUCCGUCCAGGAGAUACUGUUGAAACUCAGAAAAGACACUACUAAUAUACAGCAUAGGUCUCAUGUAUGUGUUUUUAAUGUGUUAUGUUUCAAUACUAUAUUGUUUUUGUAUGAGGAGUUACAAGAUUCCUAUGCAGAAUCAGUGUUAUUAUUUGUCUCUGCAUAAACAAACAAAUUGUGUUUAAGGAAGAUUGUUUUAUGUGCAUACAUCACCUAACCCUAAAACCCUUUUUGAAAUGAUGCUGAAGUUACAAAUACUGAUGAUAGCAAGAUACAGAGCAUAUUGAAGAUUGCUGUACAAAAUGCAGAUCCCCACAAUUGUGCACAUACAUUCUUACAUUUUGCCACACAGUUUCAAACUCAAUAAUUUCUAAACUCAAUAACACAAACCCCUGGAAAUAAGAAUGUUUUACUUGGUUUAACUAUUUUACUGUGCAUUUGUAAAUUCACACUGAACUACAGUCUAAUAUACAAUAUGUCACUGGGUCACUAAAUUAUAUGGACACCACACAGUAUCACACAAAGGGGCAGUUUGUCCUAUAGUUAAUAUUUAUGUUAAUAGUCUAUUUGAUGUUACAUAAUGUAAUCUAAUGUGAUCUUGGUGUAUAUUUAUAAAAUAUUUGAUUGCUUCAAAUGUUUCA